AUGGAAGACCUUACCAGCACUUCGGCCGAUCCAAAACCAACGGACCAUAUUUACAAUGGUGGCCGGGUGAUGACCAUCGUCCAUACUUCCGGUGUGCAUCACCUGCCUAUCGUCUUCUGUGGAUGUUCUGGUGCAGCAGCUGAGGACAUACAGUUGUUCCGGGUUGGGUUGUACCCAUCCACCUACAAGUCUUGCCAGACCGUAUUUACCUUCCAACUCCUCAAUGACUACCUGCUGGAAAACCUGGAAUGUAAAACAUCGGCCACCCACUACUACUCCAAAUUGAGAAGGAUCACCAACUUUGCAUUUCCUAAUUCCAUUCCGAACCGGUAUCACGAGUUAAUAAGGGUUGGUAGACAAUACCGUAAUCUUACCGAACUGGCUACUUUUGGAUUUGGACACAAAGGUAAGGCUCCGACGCCGGGGGAGAUGGGUUUUUUUUGCCCUACCUGCCCACAACCAGGAGUCAACCUUCCUGAUGACUGGAACAAAAACCCCAAUGAUCCUACUAACUGGAAGUAUACCAGAGGAUUUGUAGCCGAUGGCAAUUUCACAGCAGCCCACCAAAAACAGGCACGGCCCAAAGACGAUGUUUGGCUUAAAAAUGGGGAUAGUUUCAUGACGCAAAGAGGACCUUAUUUGAGCCACCUUCGGGAGGCGAUUGAAGAUAAUGAUCCGAGGACAUGUCAUGAGCACAAUGCUAUCAACAACAAGAAUGUAUUUCACCGAGGUUUUGACGCUACUGGAAUUGGAGCCAUUGCUUGCCUUCGACAUGGCACCUUUUGUCCGGGUUCGGUGGUAGAUUUUCAAAAGGGAGAAAGGUAUGGAAGUUAUCCUGAG